CGUAAGAUAGAACACAACAGAAGGCAAAAAUAGCCUACACAUUAAAUAAAAAAUAAAGAAAUUGAAAAUAAGGAUAAUAGCAUCAUAUAUAUAGUAUAGGGGCAUAAGCUACAAAAUAUAGAUUGAUGUGAACAUUGCACUCUUCGCGAAAAGGAGAGAGUGGCACGGUGUAUAAAAAAAAUAUAUUUUAUUGCACAAGACAAAAAACAUAGCCUAAUUGGGGAUUACAAUUGUGUUUUAAAUGUUUUCACAGGAUUGUCCUACCAGGUGGGGCACUAAGCAGAAAAUGGUUGCGCGCAUUCUUGAGCAAGUCCCAGCCAUUAGGCAGGUGUUGAUGGAUGACCGGCGCAGCCAAAAUUUGAUACUGAUGUGGCAGGACAUCGAAGUCCUCGAGUCCAUUAAUGCAGCGCUGAAGAAGGUUGCGGAUUUUACAGAUGCGCUGUCUUCCGAGAAGACCGUUACAGCGUCUUCUGUUAAACCAGUCCUACAGUUAUUAACUGAGGAUCUUUUGCUCCCAACCGAUGAAGAUACGGAGUUGACGCGCAACAUGAAAAAAAAAAUGGUUGGAGUCUUGAAAGACAAAUAUAGUGCACCUGCAACACAGCAACUAUUGGCAAAGGCCUCAUUCAUUGACCCAAGACACAAGGACAUCAACCCACGAGAUGACGUUAAAGAAGCGCUCCUGGAGGAGAUGCUGGCAAUGCCCGAAGAGCGGCGUGAUAUCAGGGAUGGAGAAGCUGCAAUGAGUGCCGCUGCGGCUGGAGAGGGAGAAGGAGAAAGUGCGCCAUCUUCUCCUCCAAAAAAAAAAAAAAAAAAGAAUCUUGCGGACCUGCUUGGAAUGAGAAGAGCACAAUCCUCCAAUCCGGUUCCAAAAAGAAUCCGUGCAGACACUGAAGUCACAAGGUAUUUGCAGGAGGAAGCCCUCGAUUUGCACUCUGAUCCGCUUGCCUGGUGGCGGGAUAAUCAGGCUCGAUUCCCUCUUCUGUCAAAAGUGGCCAGAAAAUAUAUGUCUAUAUGCGCUACGAGCACUCCAUCGGAGCGUGUAUUCAGUGCGGCUGGCAACAUCGUCACCCCGUUAAGAUCCUCGCUGAAACCUGACAACGUUAACAUGUUGGUUUUCCUGUCACGCAACAUGAAGACGGAAAAAUAA